AUGUAUGUGUAUCUUCUUACUUUUUUCGCAGUAUUGGGAGGAUUUCUCUUAGGAUAUGAUACGGGUAUAGUCUCAGGAUCUAUGCUUCUUAUCAUCCCGAACUUCCAUCUUAGUACUAUGUGGACAGAAGCCGUCGUGAGUGGUACUGUCGGGUCGGCAGCAGUCUCGGCAUUACUUGGUGGGUUUUUAUCGGAUUGUUUAGGACGAAAGAUUGUUAUUAUAAUUAGUAGUUUGUUAUAUGCUCUUGGUGCUGUGAUAAUGGGAGUAGCUGGUACACAGUCAGUCUUAUUACUGGGACGUAUCGUAGUUGGUAUUGGCAUAGGUUUUGGCUCUACGACGAUACCUGUAUAUAUAGCAGAGUCGGCACCAUCUGACAUCAGAGGACAAUUAGUCACAUUAAACCAACUGUUUAUAACUAUAGGAAUAUUGGUCUCUAGUUUAGUUGUUGGUGGGUUCAGUUCAAUGAAAACCAAUGGAUGGAGGUAUAUGUUAGGAUUGGGAAGUGUACCAGCUGUAUUUCAGUUUCUUGGUAUGUUAUAUCUUCCCGAGAGUCCAAGGUGGUUACUGGACCAUGAGCUACAAGCCACGGCCAGAUAUUGUUUAAUGAAAAUAAGAGGUACUGAUGAGAUCGACAACGAAAUUAACAACAUUAAAGCAUCGAUUGAAGCAGAAAAGAAAAUUUCUAAAGAAGAUGAUCUUUCAACAUUGGUAAGAAUAUGGAAGACACCUCAUGUCCGUAAAGCUGUGUUUGUUGGUUGUACUCUUCAGAUAUUUCAACAAGUAUGUGGAAUAAACACUAUCAUUUAUUACAGUGCAUCUAUAUUAAAGAUGGGUGGUGUUCCGGUCAAAGCUGCUAUUUGGUUAGUAGCCGCUCCCAAUGGCGUCAACUUCCUAGCCACCUUCAUAGGCAUUGUUUUGGUAGACAAAGCUGGGCGAAAAAUUCUUCUAUUAUUAAGUUUUAUUGGGAUUUUCGUAUCGUUAAUUUUUAUGGCUACUGGUUUUCAAUUGGCUUCUAUUUACUCCCCACCCUUAGCGAUUUAUGAGAAUAUAUCAAGUAGCUGUAAUACAAAUGAAUAUCAUUCAUGUAAUGAUUGUACAAGGAAUCUCGACUGUGGAUAUUGUUAUUCGUCAGAUUUAGAUGGAUCUUGUUUACCAGUUGAUCCAGAGAAAGAAACCCAAUCUAGUAUGGGAAGGUGUAACAGUUCUGAAUCAGUAUAUGCUGUAUAUACCUUUGCACAUGACUACUGUCCUAAUGAUUAUGCCUGGAUGUUAAUAUUUGGCAUGUGUUUAUUUGUCUUUUCUUUUGCGCCAGGACUUGGUCCUAUGCCAUGGACAAUAAAUUCAGAAAUAUAUCCACUAUGGGCGAGAAGUACAGCGAUGUCUAUAUCAACAGCUACAAAUUGGAUCUUUAAUCUUCUAAUAGCAUUUACAUUUUUAUCACUAACACAGGCUAUCACUAAAUACGGCGUGUUUUGGUUAUUUGGUGCUAUGUCUAUCCUUGGUUUCAUAUUUACAUUAUUGUUUGUACCGGAAACUAAAAAUAGGACGUUAGAAGAAUUAGAUACUUUAUUCAUUAACAAAAAAAACAAUGGAUCUAAUGGUUCUAAAAGUGAUAGUGAUAAUGAUGGUGUGGUCAUACAGAAAGUGGAGUAA